AUGUGUUCGGCGGAAAGCCCCCAAUGCUACAAACAUUACAACCACGGUGCUCGUUGUCUGCAAUUCAGAAAACCCCCUCACCACCGUCACACAUCGAUUGCCAAGAUUCGAGAACUUCUCAACCGCAAUCGCCUGGAAAGUGUCGCUAUCGAGUUUGCACGUGGAGACUUUACCCGUGGAGUGUCAGACCUGCACCAAGAAGAACUGGAUCAUCGAGCUGUUCAACUACCCUCGAUGAUCAGUCAAAGCCUUGCCCUCGAGAAUACUAACAGUUCGGGGACUUUUGGGGGUUUCGUUGAACUCAAGAUGCCCGGCGAAGCUCGCGAGACUGAGUUGACCCCGGAUCUUAUUGAAUUUAUCCAGCGAUGGCGCACUUCUGGAAUUAAACCAGCGGACCAUUGGAGGCAGAAGCUUCGGGUCCGACAUCCAAGCUCGAUGGCGAUCAAAGAUAAGAUCCAAUCUUUGAAAGCUGGAAUUCGGGAGAUCGAGAGGGACGAAGACUACAUCAAGUUCCGAGAGUUAGAGAGAAAGGAGCUGCAGUUUACGUUGGGCCGAGGGGCCAAGAAGGCCUUUGACCAGAUGGUCGAGACCCGGAAUCAUAUGCGAGGAUUCCUCCGUGAUUUACACAUCUUCGAGGCCCGCAAUCGGGGAGCUUUUGGCCAUGUUUUUGCUGGAUCCGGCUUGAGGGCAACAUCUACAAGCCCGUCUUCAAACCUAGACUGGGCUCUGAUCGAAGUUCCGCCUGAUCGAGUUAGUGAAAAUAUAACUCCUGACGGCCAUUAUCUCCGAGACUCUCCAAUCCCCGCGAAUCUUGAUGGCAUGCCACUCUUCAUUCACGGUCAACGUUCUGGGUAUUGCAAAGGCAAAGCACAUCCACUUGAGAGUGCCGUUCUCGAGGGUGUGGUGGAAGAUCAGGUAAUCAAAGAACGUCUAACUUACGAGCAUUCAAUUCUUCCAAUACAAGGCCCUCGAUUUUCCCAAGCCGGCGAUUCUGGAUCACUCGUGUUCACCGACUCUUAUGUGGUUGUUGGCAUGCUUUUCGCUGACGGUAAUAAUCACCAAAUUUCCUAUUUCACACACAUAAACCACAUCCUGGAUGAUAUCAAGCACAUCACCAACGCUACUGAUGUGCGGCUUAAGGUUCAUCGCCCUAGGACUCCUGCCUAG